AUCAGUCUCCCUGCUGCUGCAUGAAUUGGUCAUUUCUUUCUUGCUAGUGUUUGUGUUUGUCAUUGCAAAAUCCGUAUGCCCAUCUUUACUGACCUCCUCCUCCUCGUUGCUUAAACCGCACAACCACCAAAAUGCGGUCUCUCAUCACCAAGCUCAUCCUGAUUGCCUCCUUCUCUUGUGGACGUCUCUUGGUAAACGCCCAAUCCACCGAUGAUGGGGGCUAUAUUGGCUACUCCCUCACCCAACGCGGCGACAACGACGACGUCCUCUACGAAACCGCAAACACCAACGCUAACGUCUCGACGCUCGACCCCGAGCCUGACGUCUACCUGAACGCCACCGUGCACGUAGGCGAGAUCGACAUAACCGUCUCGAACCUCACCGCCAAAAUAAACCUCGACGCGCAAGUCCUCUCGCUCCUCAAACUCAACGCCGGCGUAAUCGCCCACAUCGACCGCGUCUUCCUGCAAAUCCAAAACGUCUCCGCAAAAGUCUCGCUCGAAGCCCGCCUCGGCAACCUCGUGCUCAUGAUCAACGACAUCCUCUCGUCGCUGGACCUGAACCCCAUCCUCGCUACCGUUGGGAACGACGUGGGGAGUAUCGUGAACACGACGGUUGGAGGGCUGACGACACCCUCGAAUACGCUGAAGGAGAGGAGUUAUAACCUAGAGCAUAAUAUACUGUAUGCGGUCAAUGAUUAUAGCGGGCAUACACACACGAACCGCGUGCUGGCGCAGAAUGGGGAUAUUGUGACGGAGUCGUUGGAUGAUAAUGGAGAGUUGAGUCGGGUGACGGUUACGGGGCAUUAUUUAAGCGAUAUGACGUUCAAUGGGUAUAAUGAGAGUACGACUGCGGAUGGGAAGGCGGCGAGGAGGUUGGAGUAUGUGUAUGUUCCGUUUAAUGGGCUUAGUGUCGUGAGCGAGGUGUUUGUGGAUGAGUCGGGGGCAGUGCUGCGCACGCAAGUUCUGAGUGAGGCGAGUGGGGGAGGGAGUAGCUCGAUAGGAGGCCAGGAAUAAUGAAAUGGUAGAGCAUGGAUCAAGAAAAUGUAUUUCGGCGUUGUGUUGGGUUUCUUGCCUUUAUGCGAAUUGCAUCGCCAGUUUGGUUGUC